AGGCAAAGUCAGUUCUUUCUUCGCAUUCAAUCGGCACUGAUCGCUUCCGCAAACUGUUUUUGCUGGAAAGGAUCUAGUCGUAUCCAUACACCUCCCCACCACCUCUCCAACUUCGCUCCAAUACGAUCUUUUCCCUCGAGAAACAAAGUGCGUGUUUUGUGAGUGUGUAAAGGCUCCGAGAAGCAGUUUACCGCAAAAAGCUGUGCUUAGUGAAUCAGUAAUCAGCAGUUAGCCGUUUGUUACCAAUAUGUUCAGAUUUAUUCUUCUAUCAACGUUGCUGGUUGCCGCGACGGCCCAGUAUAAUGGUGGAUACCACCGUGACCCGAAGACGGCCGCCAUCCUCAGCGAGCAGCGGUAUCUGUCCGGUGAUGGUAAGUUCGGUGCCGCCUACACGCAGGAGGACGGUACCGACUUUAAGGAGGAAACGGAUGCCGACGGUAACCGACGCGGUUCGUACAGCUACGUCGAUCCGACCGGUCAGCGACGUACCAUCUCCUACGUUGCGGGCAAGAAUGGUUUCCAGGCUUCCGGCGAUCAUCUUCCGGUAGCACCACCGGCACCACCACAGCCUGCCCCGCAGCCCCAGUACCAGCCGCAGCCACAGUAUCAGCCCCAGCCGCAGUACAACGAUGCGCGCAGCUACGAUAACGAUGGCCAGUACGAUCCGCGCUGGAACGAUCCCAACUUCAGCCAGAACCAGUACUCGGCACCGGCACCGGCACCAGCACCGGCCCCGGUACACAACUACCAUGCCGCACCGGCCCCAGUCGCUCCCGUGCCACAGUACAACCAGCACAACUACGCGCCCCAGCCACAGCAGGCACCGGCCUGGACUACCACACCGGCUCCCCAUCGCUUCCAGCCACCGGGCAAGCUGCAGCUGAACCGAACUCCCGACGGUUACAGCUACACCUUCAACAAGGUUUAAGAAGGUUUUUUCAGGCGAGUUCGCUUUUAACCGAAGAUGUUUGGAAUGGUAACACCAACUGCAGCAAAGGGUUUUAGUGACUUUCAUCAGGACCCAAAUUUGCACUCAAAAAUUUUUUUUCCGAUUCCCCCUUAAACUACUACUGAAAUCCCUUAAUCUCUCACAAAUAGUUAAAGCGACCUGCGUGUCCUUGUCCUUUUUUCCAACUUUUUGUUUCUUCUAUUCGGUCGGUAUGCCCCAUUCCAAAUUGCCAUUCGGUUAAGGACGUUCUUUUCCUUCCUUCUUUUUUGCUCUUGUUCCCGUCGUGAUGUAGUAGCGUGCGUGUGUGUGUUAUUUAGCCGUUUAGCCAAAGUAAGCGUUACUUUGCCUGUUGUGAUAUGUAAGCGUUUGUAAAUGUAGGUGUCCUAUUUUCCUUCCCGCCCUAUCUCCCCUCCACUCCCCCCCAAACUCACCCUCCCAUCCCAGGAACCGUGUUCGGUGCCGUAGCUGGCAGGCCGCGGCCGGUCGGUCGGCUUGCGGUGUUUGAACGCGGUAUCUUCAAACCCUGUAAAAGUGGUAGAUGUUUUGUACAGAGUGUAAAACCUUCGAUACAGGUUGAGUUUGCUCAGUUUUUUUUUUGCAAAAUUUUGGUAUUGCA